UUUGUUAGAGCAUCCACUGAGCUAUCUACUAUUGCUUUCAGCUCAUCUUCAAAAACACAGAUCUAGCAAGAAUCAUGUCUGUAUCUCGCCAAGCUACAUACUCUCUUGGAGGAACAAGGAAAAGUACAAGCAGUGCUUCUGUUGUUCCAUCUGUGGCAAACCGAAAUAACUUCAGCUCAGUCUCUGUCUCUCGCUCCAGCGGUGGAGGUGUUGGUGCUGGCCAUGCUGGCUCUGGUGGCUUUGGUAGCAGAAGUCUUUAUUGCUUGGGAGGAAGUCGAAAAAUUUCCAUUCCUACAGGUUUACAGUCCCAGUUUGGAAGUGGUUCUGGGUAUGGAGCUAGUGCCGGAGCAGGGUUUGGACAAGGUUCUGGAUUUGGCACUGGCCAAGGAUUCGGUAGUAGUUCUGGAUUUCCUGUAUGCCCACCAGGGGGGAUCCAACAAGUUACCAUUAAUCAGAGCCUCUUAGCUCCUCUCAAUUUGGAAAUUGACCCACAAAUUCAAAAAGUGCGUAUAGAAGAAAGAGAACAAAUCAAGACUCUGAACAACAAGUUUGCAUCCUUCAUCGAUAAGGUAAGAUUCCUAGAACAGCAGAACAAGGUGCUUGAAACAAAAUGGAAACUUUUACAAGAGCAAGGAGUAAAGACUGUGAAGAAUAAUAUCGAGCCCCUCUUUGAAGCCUAUAUUAAUGCAUUGAGGAGACAGCUGGACAGUCUAGUAAAUGAUAAGUCACGUCUGGAUGGAGAGUUGAAACAAAUGCAAGAUGCUGUAGAAGAAUUCAAAGCCAAGUAUGAAGAUGAAAUUCACAAGCGCACAGCUGCAGAGAAUGAGUUUGUGGUACUCAAAAAGGAUGUGGAUGUUGCCUACACGAACAAAGUGGAAUUAGAAUCCAAGGUGGCUGCUUUGACAGAUGAGAUCAACUUCCUGAGGGCCCUAUAUGAAGCGGAAAUUGCCCAGAUGCAGGGUCAGACCUCCGAUACCUCAGUCAUCCUGUCCAUGGACAAUAACAGAGCUCUAGACCUACAAAGCAUCAUUGCAGAAGUCAAGGCUCAAUAUGAGGAGAUCGCCAACCGAAGCCGGCAAGAAGCCGAGGCCCUGUAUCAAAACAAAUAUGAAGAGCUUCAGGUCUCUGCUGGAAAACACGGAGAUGAUCUGAAAAGCACAAAAACUGAAAUUGCUGAGCUGAAUCGUUUAAUAAAUAGACUUCGCUCUGAAAUUGACAGCGUGAAGAAACAGUGUGCCAAACUACAGACUUCAAUUGCUGAUGCUGAACAGCGUGGCGAGCUUGCACUAAAAGAUGCCAAGCAAAAGCUUGCAGGACUAGAAGAUGCUCUGCAGAAGGCCAAACAGGACAUAGCUCGCCAACUGAAAGACUACCAGGAGCUGAUGAAUGUCAAACUGGCUCUGGAUAUUGAGAUUGCCACCUACAGGAAACUUCUAGAAGGAGAGGAGAGCAGGUUGGCUGGAGAAGGUGUUGGCCCAGUAAGCAUAUCUGUAGUGAGCUCAACCUAUGGUACCAACAGUGGAGCAGGCCAUGGCUAUGGAUUUGGAGGUGGUUUCGGUGUCGGCAGUGGAAGCGGAGUUGGCACCGGAGGUAGUUUCGGUGUUGGCAGUGGAAGUGGAGUCAGUUUUAGUGGUGGACAAGCCACUGGUGGUGGAAGCUACACUGUAAACAACCAGAAACCAACUGGCUUUAUGUCUGGUGGUGGCCGUAACUCAGGUGCGCAAAUAAUAUCAACAACCACCACAGCCUCCCGAAAACACUGAGAGACACCAAAAAUGAGCUUAGAGGACAGCAGCCUCAUAUUGUGCCAUGUAAAUUAAAUAAGUGUUAAAACAAUAAAAUGCUGAGGUAUACUAUUUUGAUAUGCAAUUACAUUAUUGAGAUUAUUCAGUAACAGAGAAAAAGACAAUUUGUUUAGUAACCCAUCAUUGCCAUCAAAAACAUCAUCUUAGUCUAUAAGAAAUAAAGAAAUGCAAUUAUAACCAUAGAAAACCAUACAACUUUUAUGGGGCUCGGCAUCAUUGCGGUCCCAACAUUGCAUAUUAAUUUAUGCAAGUAGCAAUAGAAUUUGGAAAAUAUAUUUGGAUAAAUGAAAUACAAAUGCAAUUUUCUAACCACUAUACAUUUGUUAAUCAAUAAAUAUCACUAGCUGGAUUUCCUAUGAGAAGAGUAAAGAAGUAGGAGACCCCUUAAUAUUUUUGCUAGAAGGACCCAUCACACAUAGUUACAGUUCUGCUAAGAUUGGUUAAAUCUGUUGCCAUGGGUUACUGCAUACCUUUGCACUUUGAACUGUUAUUAAAUCAAUUCCUAUAAUUGUCUUAACUUGGCAGUGUUACCCAGACCUAAAAGUAAUAAAGUGUACCGACUAAUUUGGAAAAUAAAAUCAUUGCACUAGGA